GCAGCCCCGGCAGCAGCGCUGGCGACCGUCUCCUUCGAUUCCCGGGAUCUGAAGAUGGCCGCCCAGUCGGCGCCGAAAGUCGUCCUCAAAAGCACCACGAAGAUGUCACUGAACGAGCGCUUCACUCACAUGCUGAAGAACAAGCAGCCGCUGCCCGCCAACGCCCGAGCCUCCGUGCAGCAGCAGCAGCAGCAGCAGCAGCAGCAGCAGCUGGCCAGCGCCCGCAACCGCAGGCUGGCACAACAGAUGGAGCAUCGCCCCUCCGUGCAGGCCGCCCUCAAGCUCAAGCAGAAGAGCCUGAAGCAACGCCUGGGGAAGAGCAACAUCCAGGCCCGGCUCGGCCGGCCCGCCUUGGGCGUCCUGGCCCGCGGCGCCUUGGGGGGCCGGGGGCUGCCCCUGGGCCGCGGGGGCCUGCCCCGGGGGGCUCUGGUGCGAGGGGGCCGCCCCCCCCGGGCCCUGCUGCGAGGAGGAGUGAUCCUGCGAGGUCAGAGCCUGCUGCGAGGCGGGCGCGGCGUGGCCCCCCGCAUGGGGCUGAGGAGAGGGGCCAUGCGAGGCCGCGGAGGCCCCGGGAGGGGCGGCCUGGGCCGUGGGGCCAUGGCCCGGGGCGCCCUGAGCAGCAGAGGGCGGGGAGUGGCCAGCCGAGGCCGCGGGGGCUUCGGGGGCCGGGGCAGAGGCCGGGGGCGGGGCCGGGGUUCGGCCCGGCCGGCGCUGACCAAGGAGCAGCUGGACAACCAGUUGGACGCUUACAUGUCGAAGACGAAGGGCCACCUGGAUGCCGAGCUGGACGCCUACAUGGCCCAGACAGACCCCGAGACCAAUGACUGACCACCUCCUCCCGCGGCCCACCUCCAGACUGUCACCUGCGGCGGCACUGCCCGCGCCCCUCUCCCCGAGGGGGGAACCCCCCCCGGGGGCCCCCUGCCCACGGCGGCAGCGGCGGCGUUCAGUGUGUUCUGUUUUACCUCCGGCUUUUUUCUUGGGUUUGUUGUUUUUUGGUUUUUUUUUUCUCUUUUUUUGAUACUGUGUUGUUGCGAGAGCUCUGACUUGGUUUUUAUAUUCGAUAUUGUUGCACCACCAGCACUGAGUCUGGGUCCUCAGUGAGGACUAGAACCGUCCCUCUCCUUCUCCUCCUCCUCCCUCCCCUCCCUUCACGCUGACCUUAAGGCCAGGAGCGAGGGGGAGCGGGGGGCCGUCGGCCGGCCGGCCGCCCGCCCCUCGUCAGAGGCGUGAGGCGGGCAGGGCAUGAUGUAUCACUGACUGGUUCGCCAUGACAAAACAAAGCAGAAAAGCUGA